GCUUCCCCAUCUCCCCUUUCUUGUUCGCCCGCGCGAACCGGAAAAAAAAGCUACCUACUACGCAUCAUGACCAGACAAGUGCUGGACCUGAGUAAUCAGAUUCUAUGUACAACAACACAAUUCCCCCGUUCAGCGCACCGAAACGAUCGGCUGGAAUGCCUCGUAUGAGCCGACGCUUGCAGCCUCCAGAAAAAAGUCAAGGACGCAGCCUAUGUUGGAGGGAGGUCCUUCCAAAAACCGUCUCUAGCCUUUGCAUGGGAAGUCGAGCGGCAAUCGCUUUUCCCAUAUCCACAAAGUUUGGUCCGCCAUUCACAUGUCUUUGUCGGUUCUUCUCCCCCUCGCAUUUACCAAAACCUCUCCUGGCUGAAUGCAUGAACGGACUCGCUGGCCGAAAAGCCGAGACGCCUCGAUUCAUGAGCUCGCUCGGAGCUUGGGAGCACAAAACUCGCAUUCAACAUAUAGCAUGGAAGCAAUCCAUAGACGAACGACUUCAUGUCGUGAUCAAAACAACCCGGAUAGAGAAUUAUGUGCACUGCCGUGCCGUGUCCGCAGCAAGAUCUCCAGCCCGACACUUCGAAACCCUUCAGACCAACCAACUGUUUAUACCAGAUCCUCCCUCCGGGAGAAGCUCAAAAACCAUAUCCUCUCCGUCGCCCGUCGUACUUCCCGAUCCAGACCAGACCGAACCAAAUUCCAAACAACAACAACAAACGCGUGCUCAACGCACCCCUGCGAGAGCCAGACGAUGGCGUGCCUGGUGGCGGCUGGGGGACCGUCCACAAACGCGAUACGGGAGCGUGUAUGGAGAAGGGGGCGUUGCCGCAUUUCCUAAGCGGCUAAAAGACACAGACGGGAGUGGAGUUAGUGAUACGCCCGGAGGAUUCUGAAAGACGCGGCAGAUUCUGAUUAUGGAGGCAGCGUAGGCGGGGUUGCUCAACAGGCAGUAAAAACGCGAACCGCCGCAAGGCAUGUGAGCGGUGCGCUGUGUACGAAGGCCGUAUGGAUGGACGGCAUGGAGCGCAUCGUGUAACACGUGCUGUGGUUCAUGGACAAGAUCGAGACGACACGAUGGGCGGUGGACCUGAGCCUGCGUGCUAGUAGCGAGCAUCAGCAACUUCGGUUGAUGGUGGACGACAGCAGAGGGAUCAACAAAUGCAGUCAGUAUGAACGAUUUCCAUUCAGCACUCACAGUAUCCACAUGCCCACACGCUCCGCUCGCAAUAUCGACAAUAA